UCGCCCCAUAACGUUGUCUCUGCGCCCCAGUCCCGUCCCCGCCGGGACCGCAGCGCGGGGCAAGCUGGAGCUGGGGGCGCACCCUAGGGCGGGGAGCCGAGCUGGGGAGUCCGCUCCCGCCCCCGCACUGCACUUGGCCCCCUCUCCAGACCCGAUGGACGAGGAGGAAGACGAGAUGGAGGAGCAGGAGGGGAGCUCUCAAUCUGAGGGACCCAGACUGGUGAUCUCCAUGGAUGGGGAUUCAUCACAGUCCCCUUCUCCGCCAAAGUGGAACUCUCCCGUUCCUCUGGACGGGCAGCCCGAGCUGCAGCAGGAGGAAGAGGAACCAGAGGAGGAGGAGGAAGACCAGGAGUUCCAGGUGCAGACGUUGAGGAUCCCAGCAGAUGGGGACUCACUGGACUCUGCCGCUUUUCCAGAGGAUCUGUCGGAGGAGGAGGAGGGAGAUGAGGAGGAAGAGGAGCUGGUAAUCAGAAGGGUGAAGGCAGAGGAGGAAGAGGACCAAGAGUUUGAGCUGGAAUCAGUGGCGCGCCGAGGCUCGCUGCCUGCGGAGGAGCCAGUGGUGGAUUCGGAAGUGCGGGUGGAGCCCAAACUCGAGGGGCAGAAGCUGAGGAUCCCAGUGGAGGGGAAUUCACCCGUCCUGCAACUGACGGCAUCCCCGGGAGGUGGGGGCAGGGCGAGCGCACCAAUGCCGGAGCGCUCCAACACUUGCAUGGAGUGCGGCAAGAGCUUCAGCCGUCGCUCCAAUCUGGUGAAGCACCAGAUCAUCCACACCGGUGAGAAGCCCUUCUCGUGUGGGGAGUGUGGACGCAGCUUCACCCAGAGCUCGGCCCUUACCAAGCACCAGCGCACCCACACCGGGGAACGCCCCUAUGUCUGCGGGGAGUGCGGCAAGGCCUUCACCGCCAGCUCCAACCUGCUGCAGCACCAGCGUUUCCACACUGGGGAGCGCCCCUAUGUCUGCGGCGAGUGCGGCAAGGCUUUCAGCCAGAGCUCCAAUUACAAUCUGCACCGGCGCACGCACACCGGCGUCACCCCCUACCAGUGCGGCGUCUGUGGCAAGCGCUUUACCGGCAGCUCCUGCCUGGCUCGCCACCGGCGCACCCACACUGGCGAAAAGCCCUACCAGUGCUCCGAGUGCGGCAAGCGCUUUUCUGGCAGCUCCACCCUGGUCAACCACCGGCGCACCCACACCGGCGAAAAGCCCUACGGCUGUGCGGAGUGUGGCAAGGCCUUCACCCACCAUUCCAACCUGGUGGACCACUGGCGUGUCCACACUGGCGAGAAGCCCUACAUCUGUGCUGAGUGCGGCAAGAGCUUCCGGCUCAGCUCCCACAUCAUCCGACACCGGCGCACCCACGCCAAUGCCAGCUCUGCCAGUGCCAACGGGGCUGACCGCCUGUACAUCUGCAGCCAGUGUGGCAAGGGCUUCCAGGUCGGACCCAGCCACCUGCAGCAGCAAGCCCACCAGGAAGAGGGACCCUAUAGCUGUACUGAGUGCGGCAAUAGCUGCUGGACGUAGAGGGGCAGAGCCUGUUGCAGGGGCAGGGCUCUGCACGUCUCCCCUGCCACUCCAAGCACUUUGUACACCCACAGGUUGUGGGAUCAGUUCCUGUGGGAGGGGCGGGAAUUGGAUCCGGCCGGGGAUGGGGCUUGGAGCACAGCUUGUGGUCCUGCCCCUUGCUCCAGGAACAUGUGCAGGGAGUGUGCCAUCAGCUGCUGGAGGGGGUGGGACUUGGUGCUCAGCCAGCUGCCACGCCCCUAGUUCCAGGGUCCACCUGUGGGAUGAGCUCUCACAGGGGUGGGGUCGGGUUCCCACACAGGGGUGGAGCUCUGCCAGCAGCAGUAGAAGGACCGGCAGUGGUGGCUGGAUGCAGAGAGGGGGCAGGAUUCUGCCCAGUAGGAGGAAGGUGGAGCCCAGCCCCUCUCCCCCAUGGCAGGGAGCCCCCUGCCUCCCAAGCUCCCUCGGUUCUGUGGAAUGCUUCUGCUAGGGUGAGGCAACAGAGCCAUGGAGGGAAUUGUGGGGGGUGAGCAGCUGAGUUGUAAGGUGGGGUCCCCUGUUGUCCAUCUUCCCAUCUGUACUGGAAGGAGCAGACUUGAGGGCGGGGAGCUGAAUUAUGGGGGUGAGGAGUGAGUUGGGGCUAGUGGAGGGGGGAAAUAAGGGUGCCACAAAGUGGGGGGGGGUGGGGGAGAGAACAGAUCCCUCUCCCUUCUGAGCCCAGGCCACACUUCGAUGGGGCUAUGCCAUUGUGACUGAGAAUCAGUGGAAGGGGCUGACUAGGAGGCAAGGACCUCAGAUCUGCUGGCGAGCAGGUGCUGGGGAAUUCAACCCUGUUUCUCUGCCCUCGUGCUGUGGGCUGAGCGCAGAGGGGGGUGAUAUUUUAGGGGAAUCAAUAGACUGGGGUGCAGUUUGGAUCUCCUAGGGGUGACCCGCCUGGGAUCUGAUUCCCCUGCACUGGGGGUCACAAGGGAGCCUAGAAAUUGAUGCCUGGUGGAUUUCUCUGAGGAUGAUUCCCCCAAGGCUGGGUCUGUGGCUGGAGAGCAGAGGGGGGAAAGGAGGGAUGAUGAUGCCCCUGGGGCAGUGUGGGCAUGAAGCUGCCCCCUGGCAUGGAAUCAUGGUGCUGUGCAGAGAACAGGCUGUACUACUUUUGUUUGAGUGGGAAAAAAAUCCUAGCCAGACCCCACUUUGUCUGAGUCAUCUCUGCAGCGCUGAGCUGGGGAAUGCCCUCCGUGCUGGAGCAGGGGCAGAAUGCCCCAGGAUCCACCAUCUCCCGCUCCACCCAGCAGGCAUCAUUAACCCCUGCAGACUCCAUCCCAGGGGUCCGCUGGAGGUUGCUAGUUCUGGACCUUGCUCUCUGCUCCUUCCCCUCUCCUGGGAGCCAGGUGUGGAGUGUGAGGCUGCUGUGAACUGGAGAGCUGCUUCCCAGCAGGCUGCAAAGGCAAGCUUUCACACAGGGAGGGGCAGCCUGGCUCCUCUCUCGGUCACACACACAGUUGCUGAUUCAGGAGCCCAGUGCCAGCCAGGGAAUGUCCCCUCCUGGGCCCGGAGCAGCCAGAGAGAAUUCCCGGAGCCCAGCUAGUCCUACCUGGUUCCCAGCAGGCACUUGGCCAUGCUCUAGUUCCAGGCUAGGUGAUCAGUGUCGCCCCCUAGUGGAUAAACCCUUUCCCUCCUCCCUGCACUUGCCCUCUCCAUCCCCAGAGCAUUCACUGCAGGGAGCAGUAGCAGCCCCAUGGGGCCUAUGUCUAAAGGAGUUGCGGUAGUAGCAGAGAGAAUCAAUCCUUAGUCCAGCCACAGACCUGAAGGGAAAAUUAGGGGCUGGAGGAAUGUAGUAGAGCUUCCACUUGUGUUGUUGUUAGGUAUAUUACAGCAGCAGCUGAAGGUCUGCCUCUUUGUGCUGGGAGCUGUCCAGUAUGCAUUCCAGGUUCUGCACAGGCCCGGAGUGAGGGACAGUCCCUGUCCCAGAGAGCUCCCAGUCUAGAUAAAAGAUGGGUGGGGAAACUGAGGCACAAAGCAGGAAAUGGCUUACCCAAGGUCACACAGCAGGUGAGUGGUAGAGCUGAGGAUAGAGCCCAGGAGUCCUGAUUCCAGCUUCCCUGCCUCCACAACCCAUUGGGCCAAACUCAGCUCUUUCUGGGGUAGCAGAAGAUUGAGGAGAGUUGGAGGGGAGGAAGCCCUUGUGUGGUAGAAGGGGUAACAGAGAAGUGGGAACUAAGUUUAGGACAAUCUCGUGAAACUCAGAUCACCUGGAUUGUUUCUGCCAGUAGAGGGCUUCCUGGGCCAGGGGCUUCCUGUGUUGAUUGUCUGUACAGCUCCUGGCACACUGGGGUCCUGGUACUUGAUCUGGGCUAGCAAGCACUGGUUCAAUACAGAUAAUCAAUAGUAACUAACAAGAUGGCUAGGGCAUGAAUCAGGACAGAUUCAUACUGGCCUCACGUACAAUUUCUGUGUCGCGCACACAGAUGGGGAGUAAGGAACCUGCCUAUUCCUGGCAGUUCCAAACUCUUGGGGAAAAAUUGGUUUGGGGUUGAACUAAACCCAAAAUGUUUUGAUGUUUUCAGCAAAUCAAGAAGUGAAGGGGAGUGGAAAAAACGUUUUGGGUCAAAUAAAAAAGGUUUGUUUUAAUUUUAAA